GCAAAGAACAGAUCUUACUUCAGAAGGAUUAUGAAUCUGCUUCUCUGACAGAAGUCCGCGCCAUGUUAAGGAAACAUGAAGCUUUUGAGAGCGAUUUGGCUGCUCACCAGGACAGGGUGGAACAGAUCGCUGCCAUUGCCCAGGAGCUGAAUGAACUGGACUACCAUGAUGCUGCAAGUGUCAAUGAUAGAUGCCAAAAGAUAUGUGACCAAUGGGACAGCCUGGGAACACUUACUCAGAAAAGGAGAGAGGCACUGGAGAGGACGGAGAAAUUGCUCGAAACAAUUGAUCAGCUUCACCUGGAGUUUGCCAAAAGAGCUGCUCCUUUCAACAACUGGAUGGAAGGUGCUAUGGAAGACCUACAGGACAUGUUUAUUGUUCAUAGCAUAGAGGAAAUUCAGAGUUUAAUCUCUGCACACGAUCAAUUCAAGGCUACUUUGCCAGAGGCAGAUGGUGAAAGACAGGCCAUACUGUCAAUCCAGAACGAAGUUGAAAAAGUUAUACAGAGUUACAGCAUGAGAAUAAGUGCAAGCAAUCCUUACAGCACUGUCACCGUGGAAGAGAUUCGUAGCAAGUGGGAAAAGGUGAAGCAGCUGGUGCCUCAGAGGGAUCAAUCCUUGCAGGAGGAACUAGCCCGCCAGCAUGCCAACGAGCGCUUGCGUCGCCAGUUUGCUGCUCAGGCCAACGUCAUUGGGCCAUGGAUCCAGACCAAGAUGGAGGAAAUUGCCCGCAGCUCUAUUGAAAUGACAGGGCCUUUGGAGGACCAGAUGAAUCAGCUGAAGCAAUAUGAGCACAAUAUCAUUAAUUAUAAACACAACAUUGACAAACUGGAGGGAGAUCAUCAGCUUAUACAAGAAGCCCUGGUGUUUGACAACAAGCACACCAACUAUACUAUGGAGCACAUCCGUGUUGGAUGGGAGCUCUUACUUACCACUAUUGCUCGAACUAUCAACGAGGUUGAGACUCAGAUCCUCACAAGAGAUGCCAAGGGUAUCACCCAGGAACAAAUGAAUGACUUCAGAGCAUCAUUCAAUCAUUUUGACAGGAGGAAGAAUGGAUUGAUGGACCACGACGAUUUCAGAGCUUGCUUAAUUUCAAUGGGUUAUGAUUUGGGUGAAGCUGAGUUUGCCCGAAUCAUGUCUCUGGUUGACCCCAAUGGGCAAGGAACUGUCACUUUCCAGUCCUUCAUUGACUUCAUGACCAGAGAAACAGCAGACACAGACACGGCUGAGCAAGUGAUAGCUUCCUUCAGAAUCCUGGCUUCAGAUAAGCCUUAUAUCCUGGCAGAUGAGUUACGUCGAGAGCUGCCUCCUGAGCAGGCUCAGUACUGCAUCAAGAGAAUGCCUCCGUACACUGGCCCAGGUUCUGUUCCUGGGGCUCUGGAUUACACCUCCUUUUCGUCAGCACUGUAUGGAGAGAGUGACCUCUGAUUCUGUAAUUGGCCAUAUUCAUGGUAGACACUAAAAAUACCCACCUUAUUGCCCAGAUUGCUUCUCAAAAGCUUUGACAAGCUGAUUUAAAAAUGAGUUUUACAAAUACAGUAGGUACCGUCAGUGUAAAGUGCUAGUAACUAAAGUAACUAGUGUAUAUUAAAGUGUGCGGCACGCUAGAUUUCUGCAUUGUUGGUUUUAGGUUGUCUGUCCUAUACAAUGCUAGAAAAUGUAUUAAAAAAAAAUCGCAAGGUAUUAACUUUGGAACUAUCCAUUCAGAAAAUAGAAUGUAAAACCUAAGAACAUUGAAACUCACAAAAUAUUUCUCCAUUAUCAAAAUGUUUCAAUGCCAUAUGCGCUUCUUUUACAAUAUUCAUAAAACUAUGUUAGAAGUCAUGCUUUUUUCUUUCAUAGAGUAAUAUUCUUUUUCUCUAAUGAUUUCUGAUUUUGUAUGCUUCUACUGGUAGAAUUUAAUAAAAUAUUGAAAUGCAAUUUUUCAGGGAAGAAAUAUAUCAACCAAGUAAACUACUUAAUUACAACAAUAAUUCAGAAUGCUAUGCUUUUGUCGCUUAAAGAUGGUUUUAUCUUAUCAGAAAGAGUUGUAAUAUAGGGGGGAAAGGCUGAAAAGCAGAUUAAAUUGCAGGUUUAGAGUUCUGUAAGCAGUACUUUUAGGCCUUUAACUUCUACAGCUGAGGGAGUACAACUUUUAUAAUCAGAAGUAAUAAGGAAGCUAAUUUCAUGUGAGCUGUUUUGUUUUGAAACCCUCAUUCUUGUCUGUGUUGGACAGUCUUUGUUUCUCAGUAUAAGGAAGCCAGUCCCUUGUUGUAUUAGCGGGCAACAUUCAUUUCUAUCCUGCGUCAUGCAAAAUCCCAUCUGAGCAAAUGUAGUGCGGUUGUCCUGCAGCUUUAACUGUUUAGUGCUCAAAUUAGAGUUUGUCUUGACUUCUGCUGGAUCGCAGGCAGUUCUAUCUGUAUUAU